UUGAAGCCCAGAGCUGGUGGGAUUGAGACACGAGAUUGUCAUGAUGCUGAGCGGGCGAGUUGGUGUUGUGGUGGCUGCGGCGAUCGUGUCGCUGAGCCAGGGCUUCCUGUUCACCAAGCCGGUGUGGCACGAGGCCUUGCAGUCGGUUGACGUGCCUGUGGCGGCCGUGCCCGAGGUGUCGAGCGAGGGUGGCCUCUUCCCUCCCAUUCUCUGCAUUCCUGGCUUGACCUCGUCCAACCUCACCUAUUCGCUGCACAAUGCUGCCAGUGCCAUCCCCGACUGCCCCACCGAUCUAAUCAACGCAACGCUAUGGCCCUCCCCGGUACCCAAGACGCUCCACGAGUACAGGUGCCUCCUUCAAAACUACGGCCUCUACUACGACAAGGCCACAGGCACCAUCGACAACCGCCCGAAUGAAACCGUUGUGGUACCCGACUACCUGAGCUUUUCGUCCGACGCCUUGCCCACCUCCUUCUGGACAACACUCGGCUGGACUGUCGGCAAAAACUUGGUCACCGCAGCCUUUGACUGGCGCUACACGCCGGCCGAUAUCCCAGAGUACUACGAUCGCCUGAAAGCCCUGGUGGAGGAAACGUACGAGAACAACAAUCAGCAACGCGUGGUUCUCCUUGCCGUGUCCUGGGGCCCGCAACCUACUCUUGCCUUCCUGCACAAGCAGGAGCAGGCUUGGAAAGACAAAUACAUUGCCUGGUUCAUCGCGCAAUCACCCAUCUGGUCUGGAGCCCCAAUGGCUGUCGAAAGCUUGGUGUCUGGCUUCGAUGCGGGCACUGGUCAGCGCGAACUUACACGAGUCGUAGCACAGGGCGCUGGUAGCCUGCUUUCUCUCUUCCCCCGCCCUGGCACGAGCAAUGUUACAUAUGGGG